AUGAGCCAGCCGAGGCAAGAACCCGUAGAGGUGGAGGAGCUGCACCCUGCCAGCGUGCAGGCUGUCUUCGACUCCCUCACCGUGGACCCGGCACGCGAGCUGGCGGAGAUCCGCGAGGCUCGCACGGCCGACUCGUUGGGGCUGCACCUGGAGCGCAUGCUGGCGCUGCGUCCACCGCCGAGCGUGCGGGAGACCCUCUGCGGCGGCGCGCUGCGCGUGCUGCUCGUCCAGGGGCCUGGCGGUGGCCUGCAGGGCCAGGCGCGCGUGCUCUACGAGGCCCCCUCUGGAGUGGACCGCCCUGCGCUGCAGGCACGCCUGCAGGAGGCCGCGCCGGCGGUCUCGAGGGCGCUGGCCCGGCAGCUGAUGCUCACCGUGGCGCCGCGUCUGCACUUCGAGCCAGCUCCCGAGGGGCCGCCCAGCACCCUGGUGGCGGCGAGGCCGACGCUGUGGCGCACCGCCAAGCGUGAGAGGCGGGAGGCGGUGCACGGCGCCAUGCGCUCGUGGGUGGCGGACAUGAACUGGUGA